AUGGAAGAUUUUGCCUAUGUAGACAAAAAUGUUUAUAUAAAUCUUCUCGUGACCAUUAUAAAUAAAUGCAAAGAAUACCUUCUAGGAAUAGGGAUUUUGAAGCUGCUCUUUUGCUUGUGCAUAGUGCUCAUUAGUAUCAUCUUUGCUCGUCGUAAAAACAAAAAGAAGAAAAAGAUCAACAUAUAUAUACAGCUACAUAAUGUGCGCCACGGAAACGGUAAGAAGGCAGCCGAACUAGCGGAUGACCAGAAAUGUUGCGCGCCCAAUGAAGAGGCACAAAUAGUAGAACCCACCCUUUCGCAAGCGCCUGAACCCACAGAUGUAGAACAAAUGAAUAACGAAUUUUAUCACAUAACCUACAGCCCACAUAUAUUUGACCUAAAAAGUAUUAACAGAACCGAAUUGUGCAACGUAUGCAAUGAAAGCAUCUACUCAUUUAUUUUUUACAAAAAGGACAUUUUCGAAUGCGUGGUGUGCAGAAAUAAGUGCCACAUAGAAUGUGCCCCCAACUCCAACUUGAUGAGCUGCAAAACGACUGUGUUCUUCAAAAAUAAACACAAGUUUAUAAAAAUUAGGAACUGCAUGUGGAAUAAUAAAUGCAACAUUUGCAGUAAAAAAUUUUCCUACUUCUCCUUUCCACCCUUUGUCCAACAGUACAUAUAUAAAUGCAUUUGGUGCAACAAAUAUUUUCAUGUCCACUGCAUAGCGAAAAUUGCCAAAAAAAAAAACCAAACACAUGAUAAAAAAAAACAAGUAAAGGACGCAAUUUGUACCUAUGGAAAUAACAAGUAUGUGCUUCUCCCGUACGAAGUUACCAUUAAAGAAAACGUCCUUCUAGAUUUCUUGACGAAUGCCUACCACCGUGUGAACGAGGCAGGAGUGGGCAAUGAUGAGGUGAUACUCAGCUACACCGCCAAUGCGUUGGAUGAUACCCCGCGCGAUGAUGAUGGAACAGGUGAGUUGAACGCACACGAAAUAAACGAAAAAGAGAAGAAACAGGAACACGCGAAAGGAGGAAACAACUCAUCCGUUGGAGGCAAACACACACCAGAUGAACAACUCUGCCUGGAUUAUUUAAACCAUUUCCCCAUGUUUCACAAAAUGAGAAAAUUUAAAUCAUUCCCUAAUUGUUCAAAAGCAAAAAAUAGUGUAAUCCCAGUGCAUGAAAACUUUCUUCUGAAUUUCUUCCCUAUCCAUUUGCCAAUCUAUGAAAUAAAAAGUAGUAGAAAAUUUCUCCUCAUUUUUGUAAAUGUAAAAAGUGGAGGACAAGUUGGAAAAAAACUCUACCAAGAAUUGCUUAUGUAUUUUAACCCCCUACAAAUCAUAAGUAUAAAAAGUGAAAAAAAUGUUUUAAAUGCCCUGAAUAUGUAUAAGGAAAUGAUUUGCCUGAACAGAGUAAUUAUCCUUCUCUGUGGAGGAGACGGAACGAUAAGCAUCUUCAUCGACACGUUAUUAAAAUUUUUUGCAAAUGAAGUUGCCAUGGAUGCUCUGCAGGGAAAGAACAAGGGGAAAUACUACAAAUUGUACAGGAGUGAUAAAAAAAGUGAACACUUUGUCUCCACAAAGAGUACAUUCCUAAAUAAAACCAUUAUGAAUAUUACGGCAAAGUUGAAGCACAAUAAAGACGCACUUAGGAAGAAGUGGGCAAAUAACAUCACCGCGCAAGCGAAAAAGCCGACUACCUUUUUUUUAAAAAAAAGGAGUGAGAAGAAUGCUGAUGGGGAAGAUGCAGACCAUUGCGGUGACGAUGACGAUGCGGGGCACAUAAGUGAGGAGAACGCGGAAACGUACUUUGGGAAUGACUCCUGCACGGCCCACGUGUGGGGCGAAAAUCAAAGUGAUGAGUUGGCGCCCAAGCUGACGUCCAAGGUGAAGGGCACGUUUGCAGGCGGUAGACGCAUCGACGAUCCCUCCGCCUUGAAUGGCGAAUUGAAGGGCGACUUAAUUGGCCAGUUAAGUAGCGAGUUAAUGGGCCAGUUAAGUGGCGAGUUAAGUGGCAAUUUAAAUGGCGAGUUAAGUGGCAAUUUAAAUGGCGACUUAAAUGACGAUUUGCGGCAACACCUGAGUAACGAUCUGAACAGCGAGAUCAAUGACUGGAGCUCGGGGCGCAGCAGCCCCAAGGAUAUGACCAGAAGGGGAACCGAAGCCAAGUGCGGAAACGGGAAGUACCUGUACAUCCUGGAAAAAUUGAGGAACUUCAAAAAAAAGGGCACCGAAAAGGAUGAUGAUGGAGAAAACACAGGCGAACUCUGCGAAGACGAAGCCUACAAGGGAAGCACGGUGAAGAGCUUCCAAAACGGAAACUCCAUGAUGGACAAGUACUACAAUAGCAACACACUCAUAUAUAGUAAUUACACAGAGAAUAAUGAGGACCCUUAUUCUGAAUCUCGGAGGGGGAAGGAGAAUGAAAAAAUGUACGACAAUAUUCUUUACCAUGAUUACAAAGAAAAGGCCACCAAUUAUUUGCCAAUGAAAACCAAAUUAAAUGAAAAUUCGCCGUCGUACUGUCAGGAAGCCAAUGUGGCGAACCCAAGUGAUGAACCGGACGGGACCUUGGGGACGAACCCAAACAAGGCAGACAAUAAGCUGCACUCUGGUAAUGGCACCAGUUUGAACUACAGCAAUGGGAAUUCACUUAACAGCGGCAGCGCUGACUGUGAUGGGGAAACCCCUGUGUAUGUCUGCAAUGGGGACGAUGUGACACCCCACCAGGGUGGUUACUCAGGUGGUUCCCCGGGUGAUUACCAAAUGGAUGUAAAAGGGAAGACAACCCUGACGGAUGGACUCUCCAAAUUGGAAGCAGAAAAUCCAAAUCCAAGUGAUGAAAAUAUCAUCUUCCAAAUAGAUAAUGGAUACAAAGUUGUGCACUCAAAGGAAAAAAAAAAAACUGACCAAGGUGAUCACCCCUCUUGUGAACAAAAAGAAAUUAUAAAUAACGUUAUCAAAGGGGAAGAUAAAGAAAAGAGAUCGCACAAAAGUUCUCUCGAAUCUUACAUAGCAUGUGCACCUAUAGGUAUACUCCCCCUAGGCACAGGAAACGAUUUAAGUUACAGUCUAGGAUGGGGGUGCGGGUACAAUAACGACCCACUGGUGUACUUAAACAAAAUGAAGAGCACAAAAAACGAAUACAUAGAUGUAUGGAACAUGAAAGCAUAUGACAUAAAUAACAACCUCAUUUUAAACAAUAGCUUUAUAAACUACUUCGAUUUUGGAAUCAUCUCCAGAUUAGCUCUCCAUUUUGAUAACAUCAGAAAAAAGUUCCCCCAUUUUUUUAACAGCAGAAUUGGAAAUAAAAUACUCUAUGGAGAAGUAGGCUUCAGAGACUUCUGCUUCAAUACAUACAAAUAUAAGUUAAACAAAAAUAUAAAAUUGUACUGUGAUGGGAAGAAGGUCAAAAUUGAUGAGGACAUAGAAAGUGUGUGUUUGAUUAACAUCCCCUACUUUCUUGGGGGAAUUAAAAUAUGGAAAGAUGAUGACAAGGAUAAACACUACCAUUCUGACAUUGAUAAUAGACAAAAACAGGAACAUGUAAGAAGGAGGACAAGUAAAAAGAAGAUGAAGGAACAAGUGGAUGGAAACAAAUCAGCCAACACCUCCAGCAAUAGCAGCUUUAUUGGCUGCUCAAUGAAUGAUAAUUUGCACAAUGGAAAUAACGGAGGAGUUCUUUCGAACAGUUUCGGGGGGGGAACUGGGCACCCUUUUGAUGACAAUAAAAAAAUGGGCAUGGCAGAAUUUCUAAAAAGUGCUGCUUUAAAACAUUCGGCUGGGGAGGAUGUCAACCCAUCGGAGUUUUUCCAAAAUGAAAAAACAAAUGGGAUUAUACCUUCACAUAGUGAAGGAGUGAAUCAUCCACAAGGGGAGGAAAAUGCUUCCCCCCCCACGAAUGAGCAGCCAUUCGACUAUAGCAACAUAUACAAAUCGUACAGACUGGACUUUUACAGACAAAAGAAACGGAAGCAGAAGUACCGAAAGCAGAAAAUGGAUGACAAGGUCAUUGAAGUCAUCGGGUUUCGCAAUAUUUUCCACAUUUUUCAGGUGCAGAUUGGUAUGUCCAGUGCGAUUAAACUUUGCCAGGGAAGUGACAUAAAAGUGAAGAUUGACAAAACGUUUAUUCAAAACAAGAACAAAAUUUACUUCCAGUACGAUGGAGAGCCCGGCUUUCUCAACAUCCAUAAGUUGCAUUUCACUCACAAGUGCCAAUAUUUGUUUUUGUCUCCUAAGGACCCAAUUUGA